AUGCAGACAACCCCUCCUCCAUUAACCACUACAUUUACGCCCGCUCCAACCUGCUUCAGUGACAUCUACAUAUGGAACAACACACAGGGGUUAAACUGUAUCGUGGGAGAAGCCACACAGACAUGUCGGUUCAACAGUCUCGGGCCUCCAAGCACCAGUGCCUGCCUCCCAUCGGGAUUCAAUUCCUCACCUCAGUCCUACUUUUCGCCGGGACGGCUUAAUCUGCCAGACCGAAAAAGUUGGCCUUGGUACUCGACCCAACCGUGUACCUAUGGUGCAUCAUUCGCAGAAACAUGGCCAUGGACAUCGUCAACCGACGGGGGAUGGACGACGGGUACCUCGACUGCGGUGAAGGGAUUGAACGCAUUCGGUAUCUCCAUUCGAUGGCAGAGCACAGAUUUCGCAUCGACUCCCACAGCGACUAGCACUUCCCGAUCGUCUCCAGGAGCAACUAUAUCCGCAGAUCAGACGAUGUCAACAUCUCAUGCGACGACUGAGACAUCCUCGUCUCUCUCUACUGGAUCUAAAGCGGGAAUUGGCGUUGGUGUGGGAGUAGGGGCUCUGAUUUUAAUCGCGAUUACAUAUGUAUUGUUCCGCCAGAGGCGACGACAAGGUGCGAUUGUGAAAAAUACGAACAGCAAGUACUUGACUAUGCAUAAACCCGCAAGAUUGUUGGAGUUGCAGGCUAGGGAAGCAGCCAACGAGUUGGACUCGGGGACAUAUGAUGGUUCUGAUGAGCCUGACGAGUAUGAUGAGGCCAUGGGAUUCUGUCUUUUUAUCGAUGGCGAGGACAACAUCACUAGAUAUAGCUCUUUACGGUUUCUACGUGCCGUUGACCAAAAUUCCGACGACGAGGACCUUGGCGCUUCAUGGUUCUUUUGUGACCAGGAUAAAGAAAGUAACAUGAACCCCUCUGGAUCUGGACCCAAUCUCACUCUAUCAAAUAUUCUUUAUCUACAGGAAGCAAACGGGGAUAUCGAAUUUGUCAGAUACGCAGAGUCUCCUAGUGGCAGAAUUCAGUGA